CUAAGGCUUGCACUCCCCCUCGCCCUCCCCAAACCCCCAGCCGGCUCCAUAUUGCUGGGCAGAUCCCUCCGCUCUCGCACCGCGUUACAAAAAGCUGGAUUUCCGGGCGGUUCCGAGACCCUGUUAAAUAUGCCUCCAACAACCUGCCCGAGCCCGGCCGGCACUAGGCGGCGAGUUAGCUCCCCUGCAACCAACCGCCCCGAGGCGCACUUCCCCCACCCCGGAAGAGGAGGGCGGCAAACUUCGGAGGGCGGGGGCCCGGGGCGAGCCCCGGGGGACCACCGUCGCCCCGCCCGGCCAGGGGAAGGGACUGGGCAGCGACCCCAUCUGCAGCUGGAGGGCCGUGGGGCAAGGAAUCGCUCCUUCCCGAUAACGCAAAGGCAGCGGGCAGGGUGCUCCCCUCCGGGGAAGGACCCCGGAAAACUGCAGCGAGGAGACAGUGGGGACCCUCGGAAGUGUGAGGUAACGAAAAGGAGGGGGCAAUCCCUUAAGCACGCCUGUAACUCCGGGACGAAUGCGCUCGGCGGCGUGCAGAACCAUCUCCGCGGAGGACAAGGAAAAUGGGAACCAGGAGCGUGGCUGGAGUGCGCAGGGCGCUCGCGGCGAGUGGAGCCGGGGCGCAGGGCCCGCAGCUGCCCCGCGGGUGGGGGAUGCCGGCGGCGGGGAGGGCCGGCGCCCGGUCUGCUUCCCCCGGCUCGGCUCUGCAGAAGGAGAAGCGGCUGCUGGUGACAGGAAGAGAGGCGACAGCGCACGCAGGCACCACCUCCCCCUCCCGAGCACACACACCCGGACAUGCCGCCGCCUACCUCCCCCGCCGGCCGGCUUCCUUCCUCUAUGGGGCCCGGGCUGCAGCGACGGCCUCGUGUGCGUACGGCUUCAACGCGCCUCCGACCCGGCACCGACCCGCAGGCUCUCCCGAUCCGGGCUCUCCGUCUCCUACACGCUUGCCCGCCACCUUCCCGCGGCCGCCGCUUCCUCCAACUCCGCUCCAGCGCUCGCGACUCCUCUCGGAAAAGAAAACUACAGGCCACUCUUCCUCUCGGUCACAGAUGCAAAAAUUCUUAAGUUUUUAGCAAACCAAACACAGCAAUUGGUAAAAAGGAUAAUUUAUCUUGAUCAAGAGGAAUUUAUCCCAGGAGUGUAAGGUUGGUUUAACAUUUGAAAAAUCAGUCAUUUGUAAUUCACCCUAUUGACAGAUUAUGAAACAAAAAUCAUAUGAUCAUUCCAAAAUUUGCAGAAAAAGCAUUUGACAAAACUCAAGAAGUAUUCCUGGUAAAAAUGCUCCAUCACUAGCAAACUAGUAAUAGAAGGGGACUUCCUCAAUCUGACAAAUGACAUAUAUGAAAAACCUUUAGCUAACGUCAUACUUAAUGGUGAAAGACCGAAUGUUUUCCCCCUAAAAUUGGAAAUAAGGCAAGGAUGUCCUCUCUCACCAUUUCUAUUCAUAGCAGUGUGGUAUUGGCUUCAAAAUAGGCAAAUGAUUUGAUGGAACAGAAUGGAGUAUCUAAAACUAGACUCUUUCAUAUAUGGCUGCCGUGGAUUGAAUUGUGUCCCUCCAAAAUAUCUGUCAACUUGGCUAGGUGAUGAUUCCCUUGUUUGUCUACCAUUUUAUCAUCUGAUGUGAUUUCCCUGAGUGUUGUAAAUCCUAUCACUAUGAGGUAAUAAAAUAGAUUAGUAGCAGUUAUAUUGAUGAGGUCUACAACAUUAGAUAGUGUCUUAAGCCAAUCUCUUUUGAGAGGAGCGAGCAGAGAGACAUGGGAACCUCAUACCACCAAGAAAGCAGCGCCGGGAGCAGAGCAUGUCCUUUGGACCUGAGGUUCCUGUGCUGAGAUGCUCCUGGACCAAGGAAAGACUGAUGACAAGGACCUUCCUCCAGAGCCAACAGAGAGAAAGCUUUCCCCUGGAGCUGGUGCCCUGAAUUCAGACUUCUAGCCUAGUGGACUGUGAGAGAAUAAACUUCUCUUUGUUAAAGCCAUUCACUUGGGUAUUUCUGUUACAGCAGCACAAGGUGACUAAGAUAGUGGCCAAUUGAGCUUCAACAAAGUUGCCAAGGAAAUUCAAUGGAGGAAAGGAUAAUAUUUUUAACAAAUAAUGCUGGAACAAUUUGAAAGCCAUGUGCAUGGAAAAAAAAAACUAAAAAAAAGAGCCUUGGCCCUUCCCACGUAUAAAAAAUUAACUCAAAAUGGAUCAUAGACUUCAGUUUAAGAACCAACACUAUAAAACUACUAAAGAAACAUAAGUUUACAAAAGAUUGCUUAAAUAUUGGAAUAUAAAAAGCAUGAACUAUAAAAGAAAAAAAUCAAUAAAUUGGACUUCUUCAAUGUUUAAAACUUUUUGCUCUUCAAAAGACACUGUUAUAAAAAUAAAAAAUCGCAGAUCUGGAGAGAACAUUUGCAAAACACAUAUUCAGUAAAAGGUCUUGUAUUUAAAAUACAUUAACCCAUUGCUUUCGAGUCGAUUUGGACUCAUAGCAACCCUAUAGAUUAAAAAAAGAAAAAAAUUUUUUUUUUUUUUUACCCGAUAGAUUUUUUUUUCUUAUAAUCCAAUAAUAAUAAUGAAAUAAAAGCACAAUUUUUUAAAAUAGGCAAAAGAUUUGAAUAGAUACUUCAUCAAAGAAGAUAUUCGGGUGGCAUACAUGCUCAUGUAUAGAAGCACAUCAUUACUCAUUAGGAAAUUGCAAAUUAAAAUCACAGUGAGAAACCACUAUACACCCCUUAAAAAAACCAUUGCCAUCAAUUCUGACUCAUACUGACCCUGUAAGACAGAGUAGAACUUCCCCAGAGAGUUUUCAAGAAGCGCCUCAUAGAUUUGAACUGUCAACCUUUUGGUUAGCAGCCAUAGCUCUUAACCACUACGCCACCAGGGUUUCCACACACCCAUUAGUUGGCUACAAUUGAAAAGGUUGAUGACACCAACUAUAGGCAAAGAUGCGGAGCAACCACAACUUUCAUACACUGCCGGUGGAAUGGAAAAUAACACAACCAAGAAAACAGUUUGGCAGUUUCUUUGACAGUUAAACGUACAUCCGCAGUACAAUCCAGCCAUUUCACUUCUAACUAUUUGCUCGAGAGAAAUGAAAGCACUUGUCCAUGCAAAUAUUUGUAUCUGAAUAUUCAUAGCAGCUUUUUUUAUAACCGCCCCACUGGAAACAACUUAAAUAUCCAUUAACAGGUGAAUGAGUAAACGAACUGUGGUAUAUACACUCAAUGGAAUAAAAUACUACCCAGCAAAUACAAAAAGGAACUAUGGCAACGGGUUAUUGAUACACAUAAUGUGGCUGAAUCUCAAAAUUAUGAUGCUGAAAGAAGCUAGACCCCUCAAAAAAGUGAAUAUAUGAUGUGAUUUUAUUUAUAUAAAAUUCUAGAAAACACAGGCUAAUCCACAAUAUAAAGCAGAUAAGUGUUAGCCCUCAGUAAACUGUACACUUUAAAUGUGCACUGUUUAUUUUCUGUCAAUUAUACCUCAAUAAAGCUAUAAGAAAGAGACUCUUCCUAGCAGUGUUCUACAUUCAUCAGUCAGAAUAUUGUUGCAAUAUACUGAUUUUGUCAAAAUCAGAGUUUUCUAAUGUCUUCCAGAGCUUUGUCAUAAUAAACGUGCAAACAUAUAAUGUCUAGGUUCUGACUGAUAUUCCCUUUGUUAUGAUAUCCUUGCCCAGUGCGCAACAUGGACAACCAUGCACAUCAGCCUGGGAGUAUUUGUCUAGUA